AGUGCAAGGUGCUAUGCUCAAGUAGACCUUGACAUAGCUCCAAUGGAGAAAAUAGAGCAGGAUGCUUUAUACUCCACCAUUCAAGGCUUUGUUGGUGAUGGGUGGAAUGGCUCAGAUCUCUAUCCAGAUCCUUGUGGUUGGACUCCUAUUCAGGGGGUCUCUUGUGAUCUGUUUAAUGGGUUUUGGUAUGUUACUGACUUGAACCUUGGGCCCAUUCAUGAAAAUUCUCUAAGUUGUGCCAAAAUUUUGGAAUUUAGACCACAGUUGUUUGAGCUCAAGCACCUUAAAGCUCUGUCCUUUUUCAAAUGCUUUGAAUCACAACACAGGAAUCAAGUUACUAUCCCCAAUGGAAACUGGGAAAAACUGGCUGGCAGCUUAGAAUCACUUGAGUUUAGAUCAAACACAGGUCUCAUUGGAAAAAUUCCUUCAAGUUUUGGAGUCCUCAAGAAACUUCAGUCACUAGUAUUAUUAGAGAAUGGUUUGACAGGUGAGAUUCCACCAGAUAUUGGCAACCUCAACAAGUUGAAGAGGCUUGUUCUUGCAGGAAACUAUUUUACUGGGAAGAUUCCAGAUGUUUUAAGUGCAUUAAGUGAGUUAUUAAUCUUUGAUUUAAGUAGAAAUUCAUUGUCUGGGACUUUGCCUUUGACUCUUGGAAGCUUAACUUCCCUUCUGAAGUUUGAUGUGAGCCAUAACCAUUUGGAGGGGAAUCUGCUGAAAGAAUUUGCUUUUCUUAAGAAUCUGACCCUUAUGGACCUUAGGAAUAACAGAUUCUCUGGUGGGUUGACCUUGAGUUUUCAAGAGAUGUAUUCUUUAGAAGAAAUGGUUUUAUCCAACAAUGCAAUAGGUGGAAAUAUCAGGAACCUAAAGUGGGAAAACCUUCAAAACUUGGUAAUUUUGGAUCUCUCUAACGUGGGGUUGAAGGGGGAAAUUCCUGAGUCUAUAUCAGAAUUGAAGAGGUUGAGAUUUUUGGGACUUAGUGACAACAACCUCACAGGCAACCUUUCACCAAAACUAUCAACUCUUCCUUGUCUCAGUGCACUCUAUGUUAGUGCAAACAAUCUGACAGGGGAGCUCAAAUUCUCCAAGGAGUUUUAUGGAAAAAUGGGAAGGCGUUUUGGGGCAUGGAGCAACCCCAACCUUUGCUACCCAGUUGGAGUAAUGUCAACAAGUCAUGCUCCAUAUGGGGUAAAACCAUGCCAGCAAGAGAUCAAAUUCCUAGAAUCUAACACAAAAAAUGGGGAUGUGAAUAAGACUUCCCAUUCCAUAGCCUCUUUGGGAUUUCUGAGCUAUGCUGCUAAUGGCUUCUGGUGGACUUUUCUGCAAGAAAUAUUGAUGAUGGUUCUAUUCUUAAAUACUUAUAUUUAA